GCGCGGCCUGCGCCCGAGUGCCGGGCCCGGAGGUGCGGAGGGCCGGAGCGGCUAUGGGCCGGCGCUGGGGCUUCCUGAUCGGCCUCGUGGGCGCCGUGUGGCUGCUCGGCCCGAGUCACGGCGAGCAGCGGCCCCCCGAGACGGCGGCGCAGCGGUGCUUCUGCCAGGUUAGUGGUUACUUGGAUGAUUGUACCUGUGAUGUUGAAACCAUCGAUAGAUUUAAUAACUACAGGCUUUUUCCAAGACUACAAAAACUUCUUGAAAGUGACUACUUCAGAUAUUACAAGGUAAACCUGAAGAGACCAUGUCCUUUCUGGAAUGAUAUUAGCCAGUGUGGGCGAAGAGACUGUGCUGUCAAGCCUUGUCAAUCGGAUGAAGUUCCUGAUGGAAUUAAAUCUGCAAGCUACAAGUAUUCUGAGGUAGCCAAUAACCUCAUUGAAGAAUGUGAACAAGCUGAACGACUUGGAGCUGUGGAUGAAUCUCUAAGUGAGGAAACACAGAAGGCUGUUCUUCAGUGGACCAAGCAUGAUGAUUCCUCAGACAACUUCUGUGAAGCUGAUGACAUACAGUCUCCUGAUGCUGAAUAUGUAGAUUUACUCCUUAAUCCUGAGCGCUACACAGGUUACAAGGGACCAGAUGCUUGGAAGAUUUGGAAUGUCAUCUAUGAAGAAAACUGUUUUAAGCCACAGACAAUUAAAAGACCUUUAAAUCCUUUGGCUUCUGGUCAAGGGAAAAGUGAAGAGAACACCUUUUACAGUUGGCUAGAAGGCCUGUGUGUAGAAAAAAGAGCAUUCUACAGACUUAUAUCUGGCCUGCAUGCAAGCAUUAAUGUGCAUUUGAGUGCGCGGUAUCUUCUACAAGAAACUUGGUUGGAAAAGAAAUGGGGACACAACAUUACAGAAUUUCAGCAGCGAUUUGAUGGCAUUUUGACUGAGGGAGAAGGUCCAAGACGGCUCAAGAACUUGUACUUUCUCUACUUAAUAGAAUUAAGGGCUUUAUCUAAAGUGGUACCAUUCUUCGAACGCCCAGAUUUUCAACUCUUCACUGGAAAUAAAGUUCACGACGCAGAAAACAAAAUGCUACUUCUGGAAAUACUUCAUGAAAUCAAGUCAUUUCCUUUGCAUUUUGAUGAGAAUUCCUUUUUUGCUGGGGAUAAAAAGGAAGCAAACAAACUGAAGGAGGACUUUCGACUGCAUUUUAGAAAUAUUUCUAGAAUCAUGGAUUGUGUUGGUUGUUUUAAAUGUCGACUAUGGGGAAAGCUUCAGAUUCAGGGUUUGGGUACUGCUCUGAAGAUUUUGUUUUCUGAGAAACUGAUAGCAAAUAUGCCAGAGAGUGGGCCCAGCUAUGAAUUCCAUCUAACCCGACAAGAAAUAGUAUCAUUAUUUAAUGCAUUUGGAAGAAUUUCCACAAGUGUGAAAGAAUUAGAAAACUUCAGGAAUUUGUUACAAAAUAUUCAUUGAAGAAAACGGAAAACAAGUUGAAAUAUGCCUGUUUCUGGACUAUGAAGGCCAAAGAGUGGAAUUUCAUUCAAAGGCAUAAGAGCAAUGACAUUCUUAAGCCAAACAUUUUAUAUAAAGCUUCUUUUAUAAAAGAAUUAUAUUGUUUUAAGUAAACAAUUUUUUUUAAUUGUGUUAAGUCUAUGUAUAAUAUUAUUGUGAGUAAAAGUAAUGUUUUGAUGAUGUGAUAUAAAUUUUAAAUUUUAAUAUUGAAUAAAAUCAGGAUUAUCAAAUUCAUAUAUGUUAAAACUAAGUAAAUGUAAUUCUCUCAAGAAUUUUUUGUGAGAAGAUGUAAUAUAAAUAAAUCUAUGGUUAGUGUA